AUGGCAGCUCCCCUGUUCACUUUCGUUGUAGCAGUGCUUGGAGUGGUACUCCUUCAAGCGUCAGCUCAGUCAAGUACAAAAUGUACCGAAAAAGCCGAUAUCGUCUUCAUUCUUGAUUCCUCAGCUAGCGAAGGCUCGACGAAUUUCCAUAAGCAGCUUGAUUUUGUAAAGGAUUUCGUGCGGCAGUUUAAUGUAGGUCCUGACAAGACACAGUUCAGUGCUAUCACCUUCUCAACUAACGUUAAAAACAAUUUCUGGUUAGAUGAACACCAAACUCAGACAUCCGUUCUGUCGGCACUGAACAACGUCGUGUACAACUCUGGAAUUACCAACACUGACAAAGCAUUGGAUUUCGCCAGACAGAACUCGUUUCUCCCAAGUAAUGGCGGACGUCCAGACGCCGAGAAGAUCGCCAUUGUUCUUACCGAUGGUCAGUCAACAAGUCCUUCAAAAACGUCAACUGCAUCAGACGCACUUCAUCACAGUGGGGUUGAGGUCAUUUCCGUGGGGAUAGGAAAUGGAAUUACACAAUCAGAACUUGCAGUGAUAGCAAGUGACAGACAACAUGUUUUCCAAGUACAAUCGUUUGACGCUUUACAGUCUAUUCAGACGGUGCUUACGAACGCCGCUUGUCAAGCUCCUACUGCAGCGUGUGGUAAGAAGAAGGCAGAUAUCGUGUUUGUACUCGAUUCCUCCAGCAGCAUCGGGUCAACCGACUUCACAAAACAGUUGGAAUUUGUCAAAAACAAUGUCCGGCAAUUCGACAUUGGGCCACUUGACACUCAGAUCAGUGUUGUGUCGUUCUCCGACAGUGUAUUUGAUGAGUUUCAUCUCAACCGAUUCUCUUCCAAAACCCAGGUACUUGGGGCUAUCUCCGCUAUUAAAUACCACACUGGUACAACUUACACCAAUCUUGCUCUUGCUCAUGUCAGAAAUGAGUCUUUUACUGCGGCCAGUGGUGGUCGACCGGACGCAGCCAAAGUUGUUAUCGUCUUAACUGAUGGACAGUCAACUUCCGGUCAGGCAACUAUAGUCGAAGCUAACAAGUUACAUCAGACGGGAGCGGAAGUAAUCGCUAUUGGUAUAGGAUCCGGGGUCGACACGAGUGAGCUAAACGCUAUCGCUACAGACCCUGCUCACAUGUUUGAGGUACAGAACUAUGACGUAUUGUCGUCCAUCCAGCACAGUCUUGAAGCAGCCACAUGCCAAACAAAUGAAUGUCGUGGACAGAAGGCCGAUAUCGUAUUCUUGCUGGAUUCCUCUGCAAGCGAAGGAAAUGAGAACUUCGACAAACAAUUGGAAUUUAUGAAGAACUUCACUGCGCAGUUUCAGAUAGGUCCAGACAAUGUACAAAUGGGUUUGGUCGUUUUCUCGACUCUCUCGAAUAAUGAGUUCUGGCUAAACACCCAUAACGAUAGUGCCUCUUUGGAGAACGCAAUAGAUAAUGUAAUGUACUUGCCUGGAAACACGUACACAGACGAAGCGCUGCAGUUCAUCGUAAAUAACAGUUUCACUACUGCGCAUGGCAUGCGUGACGACGUUCCUCAUAUCCUCGUAGUGAUGACUGACGGACAGUCUCAUGACGCCGCGGCAACAGCCAGUACAGCGAAGCUCGUUCAUGACGCAGGCAUUAAGACGGUGGCAAUUGGUAUAGGAAGUGACGUAGAUAAAUCUGAACUCGAGGCCAUUGCAACAGAUGCUGACCACAUGAUCUUAGUACCAGAUUUUAAUGCCCUCGCAACCAUCCAAACAGAGGUCGAGGAAUCUACAUGCAAAUCAGAAAGACCAGACCAAGAAUGUGGAAGCGAGCCAGCCGACAUCGUGUUUAUAUUGGAUGCUUCUGGUAGUGAAGGACGAAUCAAUUUUAACAAACAACUUCAAUUUAUGGGAGAUUUUGUGAAGCAAUUCCAGAUUGGUCCUCAAAAUGUCCAGGUUGGUCUUGUUACAUUCUCUACGACUGCUCAUAAUGAGUUUUACUUCAAUACGUAUCACGACCAGGCUGCGAUUUUGAACAAACUUAACAAUGUGCACUACUCGGGCGGAACAACACACACCGACCAGGGGCUGCAAUACUCUCGUCUGUUCCAUUUUUCUUCCACAUACCAUGGUGCACGCAGAAAUGCCCAGAAGAUUGCUAUCGUUAUGACUGACGGACAAUCGUCCAGCGAGUCAGCUACCAGUAGACAAGCACAGUAUCUAAAGGACCUAGGCGUGAAGGUAAUCAGUAUCGGAAUAGGGUCAGGGAUAGACAGCAGAGAACUCAAUACAAUCGCAUCAGACAGCAGCCAUGCGUUUAGUGUCAGCAGCUUCGACGUUCUCAAGAGCAUCGAAAUUGAACUCAAGAAUGUGGCAUGUGGAUCUCCUACAAAAGCGCCGGCUGUUGAUGAAAAAUGCGGACAAAAAGCAGCAGACAUCAUUUUCCUACUUGAUUCAUCUGGAAGUGAAACGAGGACAAACUUCAACAAGCAGCUGGAUUUUGUGAAGAACUUUGCGAGUCAAUUCCAGAUUGGUCCUAGAAAUGUGCAGAUCGGCGUUGCCACGUUUUCAACUCACGUAGACGAGCAGAUUAAACUGAAUGCUUUCGAUGACCAACAGGCUCUACUGAAUGGCAUAUCCCAUGUCUCCUACGACGGAGGUCUGACGUACACCGACGACGCUCUGAAGUACGCCCGACAGACUGGUUUCUUGCCAAGCCAUGGUGGUCGGUCAAAUGCUACCCACAUCGUAGUUGUGAUGACCGACGGUCAGUCGUACAGUUCUGGAUUGACGAAGACACAAGCUAAUCUUCUGAAGAAUGUUCCUGGCAUGAAGGUCAUUUCAAUUGGAAUUGGUAGCAAUGUUAAUCGCAAUGAGCUUCUUGAAAUUGCCUCCGAUUCGUCCCAUAUGUUCGAGGUUGCGAACUUUAAUUCUCUGUCACAGAUUGGAUCGGAAAUCACUUUUGCUACAUGUAACACGUGUGGGUAUGACGACAGAGCCGAUAUGGUAUUCGCCAUUGAUGGGUCUGGGAGUGAAGGCUCAACUAACUUCCAAAAGUCACUAGACUUUAUGGCUCAGUUCGUGAAUUCUUUCCCAGUUGGCCCUGGACAUGUCCAGUUUGGGCUUGUCACUUUCGGCACACACGCGGUGAAUGAAUUUGACUUAAAUCAAUACCAUGACAAAAAUUCACUACUAUCGGCCAUCCAGAAAGCGCACUACGACUCAGGUACUACGGCAACCGGCGACGCCCUUAAGAUCAUUCGGGAACAUAGUCUUCAAGCGUCAGGGGGAGCAAGACCGGGAUCGCACCAUUUUGUAAUUGUACUGACAGAUGGCGCAUCAACCGACUCAUCCGAAACAGCAUCCGAAGCUGCAAAGCUAAAACAAAUCGGGAAUACAACAGUUAUCUGUAUUGGAAUCGGUUCUAACGUGGAUAAAGCUGAGCUAAAUGCUAUUGCAUCUGACAGUCGUCAUGUCUUCAACGCGAUUGAUUUCAAUGCCUUAAGUAACAUUAGAAAUGAAAUUCGACAGGCAACAUGUGAUGCUCUGAGUGGCACACUUACAACAACGCCCGUACCAACAACAACACCGCCAACUACAACAACAACACCAACUACAACCACAACAACCCCAACUACAACAACUACAACAACAACGUUGCCAACAACAACUAUGCCGGCCACUACCACUACAACUACACCAAAACCAACUACCACACCGAUGCCCAUAACCACUACAGUGCCCACAACUACAACCACUCCAAUGCCCACAACUACAACCACUCCAAUGCCCACAACUACAACCACUCCAAUGCCCACGGAACCACCAACUACUGAUGGUGAAAUAUACGUAACCGAUCCACCAACAACUACUCUUGGAUGA